AUGUUUGAGCGAUUACGGAAUCUGCCAGGUAACCUGUACCCAGUUUGCGCCUCCUUGUGUCCUGUCCUCUCCACCCUGUGUCCUGUUCUCCCCUCCCUGCGUCCUGUUCUCUCCUCCCUGUGUCCUGUUCUCCCCUCCCUGUGUCCUGUUAUCUCCUCCCUGUGGUCUGUUCUCCCCUCCCUGCGUCGUGUUCUCUCCUCCCUGCGUCCUGUUCUUUCCUCCCUGUGUCCUGUUCUCUCCUCCCUGUGUCCUGUUCUCUCCUCCCUGUGUCCUGUUAUCUCCUUCCUGUGGUAUGUUCUCUCCUCCCUGUGUCCUGUUAUCUCCUCCCUGUGUCCUGUUCUCCCCUCCCUUCGUCCUGUUCUCUCCUCCCUGUGUCCUGUUCUCUCAUCCCUUUGGUAUGUUCUCCCCUCCCUUUGUCCUGUUCUCUCCUCCCUGUGUCCUGUUCUCUUCUCCCUGUGGUAUGUUAUCUCCUCCCUGUGUCCUGUUCUCUCCUCCCUGUGCCCUGUUCUCCCCUCCCUGCGUCCUGUUCUUUCCUCCCUGCGUCCUGUUCUCUCCUCCCUGUGUCCUGUUCUCUCCUCCCUGUGUCCUGUUAUCUCCUCCCUGUGGUCUGUUCUCCCCUCCCUGCGUCGUGUUCUCUCCUCCCUGCGUCCUGUUCUUUCCUCCCUGUGUCCUGUUCUCUCCUCCCUGUGUCCUGUUCUCUCCUCCCUGUGUCCUGUUAUCUCCUUCCUGUGGUAUGUUCUCUCCUCCCUGUGUCCUGUUAUCUCCUCCCUGUGUCCUGUUCUCCCCUCCCUGCGUCCUGUUCUCUCCUCCCUGCGUCCUGUUCUCUCCUCCCCGUGUCCUGUUCUCACCUCCCUGUGUCCUGUCCUCUCCUCCCUGUGCCCUGUCCGCUCCUCCCUCCGCCUCACUCUCGUAACCCCCUUGUUCACCUCUCUCCCCCAGGCCCGCUCACUCUCUUACCCCCUGUUCCCGCCCCUCAUUCCCCCCUGCUCACUCUCUUUCCCCCUUCGCUCAACCCCUUUUCCCCCCACUCGCUCGCUGUUCCCCUGUGCAGUUGCCAGUGCUCACACACCCUGA